CAAGGGCCUUUCUCAGCACUUAGACCAGCUAGAAGCCGAGGUGACGAAAUUUGUUUUGCAAACUAAUGUGCUGCUUUCAAAGCCUGCAGCUUUGUGUAUGGUUAGUGAUGACAUACUAUUGUGCGCUGAUGAUGGUCACCGAGCUAUCUAUCAGAGUCAGCUAGAAAGAGAUGGAGUCACCAUAAAAGGCAAAUCGAGGAAACUCGUAAGAUAUCCAGAGGGUGCUUAUCGCCUGGAAUCCAUAACAGUCUCUAAUGCUCCACGUGUUUACUUCACAGCGGCAAAAAGUGGCCAAUGUAGCGGUGGCCUUUAUUGUUUUAGCAUGGAAACCGGCGAGGUCAUGACUAUUCUUGAGAACAUGACAAACAGUUGCAAGGAGGUCAAGAAAGUAGCAAAAUUUAAUGACACACUAGUCUUCACAGACAUUGAGGCUCGUCAAGUCAAGCGUUACAAUCCGUUGACCAAAAAAGUUGAUAUUCUUGCCGGAGAUGGACGUGAAGGAGAACAGGACGGAAAUGAGAAAAGUUGCAGCUUUGUCCAAGUGCAUGGAAUAUGUAGAGUUGCAGAUACGCUUUUCACAACGGAUGCGGCACCAGGGAAAAUCAAGCUGAUUACUGGUUUGUCGGGAACAACGAACUUUUUAAGUCACCUGGGCAAUUUAUAUGACAGCUUUGGCAUAGGUUGUAAAGGUAGUACUUCUCAGACAAUUACGCCAGAGGAGUGCCCCAAACAGGAAUGUCAUUCAAGGACGUGCAGUUUAUGACUCCACUUCUUUUUGUGGGGCUGUCGAAAAA